GUGGCGCUAUCCUCCCGCAGGCCCCGCCUGUCUCUAUGGUGCAGUGACGUCAGUCCCUCUCACGCUCCGCCCACAUUUCCCCUUGCCUGUCUUGCUGUCGAGGUGCCGGGAGCGUGGUGCUGGUGGUUGAGCGCGAGCCGCCUCUCUCUCUCUCUUUCUCCUUCCGGUCCGGAUCCCUCCGCCAGCCGCACAGCCUUCCCGUCAGCCAGCGCGCUCUCUCACUCUCUCUCCCAGCCGCCGCCGCCAUGUUAGGAGCUGCUGUCCUCCGGCGCUGUGUGUCUGCCGGUCUGCGGAGCCUCCCCCGCUGCCGCCUGCAGCCCUCCCCGGCAUGCACACCAGGUGAGACCGCCCGGCCAGCCGGCACCUCCUCCUCCUCACCCUCCCACCGGCCGCCCGCCGUGUCCUUCAACCAGGGACUGAGGGCACCGCGCCCCCCGGGGGGCACACCGCGCGGGCAGACCCCGGUCACUGCAGGCUGGGGGGGCCCGGUGCUGGCAGUGCUCUCCCCCCCCCCCCCGGACAGUGACCCGCCCUUUGUGACCCCACUGGCCCCCCGGGGCCGCUGUGCCCUUGUAAUGACCGGAGCAGGCUUCACCUGCGGCCUCCUGUGGCGGCUGUUGCCCGAGCUUCAUGUCAGCCUCUGCAGAUCAAUGGGGGAAUGUGGGGGUCUGAUAGGAAAUGCACCCCCUCCCUCCCCCCCAGCUGGCUCUCCCUCCCCCCCAUGCCAACACUCUAAUAAACCGGUCUACCCCCCUUAUAUGUCAUUUACCAGAAUGAGUGUCACUGUGUGUCCCCACUGUCAUUGUAAAUGUCUUAUUCUCUAUGGGGGUCUCUUAAUGUUACUAUAUAUAAUUUAAACAUUAAAAUAAAUGAGUAGGUUGGUUACCAGCUUGCAUUGCUCCUGUAACAGACUGCUUUUAUAUUGGUUUUUAUUUUUCCCUUUGCUUGGUUAUAAUUGUGCAGUGCUCCUGUAACAGAUUUUAUUUAUAUAUAUAUAUAUAUAUAUAUAUAUAUAUAUAUAUAUAUAUAUAUAUAUAUAUAAUAAAAAAAUGUUUUCCCCCCCCCUUUGAUCCGUUUUAGGUUUGAUGAUGACAUGGUGCAUGUGAAACAAGGCACAUCCAUGUAAUUAUUCCAAUUAAAGUGCCACUGCAGGCAGGCGUUCUAUUGUUGAUUCUAAACAUUCUGUUGCCAGAUGCACACUCGCUGUUGCAUUGCAGAUAUAAAUGAAUGUUCAUAGCCCCAAUAUUUAAUAAUCAUCGUAGAUUGCAAUGUAAUGGCUGCAGUUUCACCAAAUUUCUUCCAAAUUAACUACAUUUAAACUGCACAAUAAGUGAAUUUUGAUAUUCAUUGACAGUGUUUCUGAUCAAGUGUUUGAGACCAGACAAAGGCCUCAAUUUAAAAUAAACAUGUCUUCCCUGUAGCAAGUGUGUUUUUUUUUUUUUUUUUUUUUAAGUGGCAAGUCUGUGACAUGACUUUAGAAAUGUGUGUUUUUUUUCAUUGUGAAGUUUCCUUUGGAAUGCAGUUUUACUCUGUGCAAAUCAUAUAGUGGGACGUGUAUUUUUAAAAGCAGCUGAUGGAGCUGUGCAUGAAACCCGGAAGCAAGGUGACUUUGAGGAACUACUAGAUAUGUUAUGAAGGAGAGCUGCAUGCUUGCACUAAUUCAUUUCCUCUUUCCGCUUGGUAUAGCUAUAUAAUAAUCACUGACAUCCAGCAGAGUUGCUGCCUAGCUAGUCCUCCUGCAUUGUUUGUAUAGAUCAGUUGUUUUUCUUUUACCAGUAUAGUUUUGUAGGUAAAAAAGUACAUCUAUAAAUGCAGUUAAUUGAACUGCACUGCCAUUCUACUCUGUCCAUUCCAACACUUCUAUGCUCCAUGAGAUUAAACCUUUCUUAUUGACCGAAUACAAUGAUGUAGGCUUGUCAUGUAGGUUUUUAGCCAUUUGUUCUUCAUAUGGGCAACUAUUAUUUUUUUUAAAGAUUCAUAUAAGGAGACUGUAAAAUUCAGAUAUCAAGAAGCAGGUUGCCAUAUUGUGUUCUUCAAUUUUUGUCUUAAUGCAGCCUCAUUAAGGGAUAUGAUUUAGUGCACUUUGCAUUGUGUGCUGCAUAGAUCCAAAUUAUGGUUUUCCAUGAUGUCAUAGUGCUCUCUCUCUCUUAACGUAACCCACCUCCCAUUUAUAUUAUAGCAAUGCCCUGCCUUUAUAUAACUUGGUUUAGGUAACUCACCAAUACAACUUGAAUGCAUUUGAUAUGUUUUAACUUUAUUAAAAUCACUGUCAUCUUCUGGACUCUUUGCAUAUGUAGCAGUCACUCCCUAAGGUGACAUCCCUUUUUGGGUGCAGUGGUACAGUUGAGAAUAAUUAAAUCUUUCUUCAGCUCCUGGCACUUCAUCCGCCUGGAGCCGUUAUCGUGCUUUACUAUCACAUGCGCUGAAGUACUACUUCGAUGACUAUGGAGGAUUCUGCAAGUCCACAUUAGCCUCUAUAGACUUAAUCAGGCAAUUGUUGAUAGUCAGCCUGAUUCUGCCAGCUGGGCGAAUUGGCAGAAUUUGACGGUGGAAACUUCCUACUCUCAUGGUAUCUUUUCACUGCGUUGUAAUUCUUCGUGUAAUUCCAACACCAUUAAUGAGUAUUUGUAAACAUUUUGUGUAUGAAAUACUGAAGUUUCUGGUGAAAUAACAGCCGCUUUAAUAUGCUGUUGUUUGCAUGCUAAAGUCCUUUAGCACACACAAAAAUGUUUUGCAGAAUGUUGCACUUCAAACCUCUACUUAACUUUGCCUCUUCAUUCCAUAAAGUGUGUUCAGAUUUGUAUUCAUGCUGUUUUCUUCCAGCUUAAAUCUUUUGCGUAAAAAGAGAAAAACAAAUGUUUGCUUUCUGCAGCAUAUCUCCAUACCUUUAACCAUGCCUUCCCUUUUUACAAAACCUUUUUUUGAUUAGAAAUUAAGCAAUGAAUGAUGAGUUUGAGCUGCUGACUUGACUCCACAGUCACAUCACUGUCCUUAUCUGUAUAGUAUUUCAGAGCAAUGCUAAUGGGAAGUGGUGACUUUGCUUUGGGUCAGAGUGAUAUCCAUUGUACAACGCUACGGAAUCUGAUGGCGCUAUAUAAAUAAUAAAAUAUCAGCAGUUCAUCUCACGCUGCUCUCAUUGGCUGUGCAGAAUAAUAGAGUACUUCUAAAAUGGAUGAUGCUUUGUCAAGGUGGAGUUAUACUGAACAAAUCUGCAAAACGUUUUUUAUUUUAGGCUUAAACUAGCGAGGUUUACAUGUAGAGGAAAGAAAGUAUUUAUACGAGGCCAAAACCUACCAAGUUGUUGGUGGCUGGAGUGUCAUUUUAAUUUCUGCAUUGAUCUUUUCCGUCAAGCAUUGUAUACAUAUCAUAAUGCAUCAAAAAUAAGUUGCUCUGCUUAUUUUGCAGGUCUGACUGAGGCAUCUGACCCACCUCAGCAGUAUUAUUUUUUUUAAUUCAAACCAUAAACUGACUUUAGUCUCUCAGCCAAUGUCUUGUCUUCCAUGACUUACUGUGGGAGAAUGUGUAAGCAAGUGCAUAUGUCGUAUGCAUGCCUGUUCCCUAAUUUCUAAUUGAAAUCAGGAUUUCGUGCCUAAUGGCCCUUUAAAGUCUAGGGACAAUGAAUAUUUGAGACGACAAAUGCAUGUUUAUUCACAUAUCUAUCUAUACUGGUAGUUUUGUCUGUAAAAUGAAAUAAAGUAUAAAUGUGCUCUUGUCUGAACCUGAUUCUGUACAACAUGAUUUAGGGCUCUGCUGUAGAGUUUGCAGUCUGUGCAGUAACAUGUUGGUGAAAGUCUUGACUUCAUCAGAAGCCUAUUAUGUAAGUGCCACUUCUGGAAGAGUAAUUUUUCUUUUGUAUUUUUGGUGAUAACUUGAUUUAGUUUGAACACUGAAACAACUUAAUUGAGUGGCUUCUGUGCUUGCAGGCAGUUACAUCUAAGGGUUUUUGACAGUUUAGCUUAAUCAUGGAAUUACCUGUGUGUUAGAGUAGUUAAGAAAGGCAAUUAAAUUGCUUGCAUUAUGUGCAGUUACAUCCUUAACGCUAACUGGUUUGGCAUGAAACAUUAAUCGAAGACCCAAAUGAAUGGUGACGCAUAGCCAGAUAGGUAAACCGUGACUGAUAACGGAUACAUUUAAAAUUUUCUUCUUACAUUUAACCAUUAAAGAAACUCUCCAAGCACCAUAACAACUAUAGUGAGUUGUAGUUAUGGCAUCAAGUGCAUUGGCACCUCCAUUAGUGUAAGUAGUCAGAGAGUUUGACUUCUCAGCUGGUGUCCACAGGGCUUUAGAUCCAGAAAAAGACACUUCUGUUAGCUAGCCUUAGGACCUACAAUGCAGGGCUUGGCUCAUUGACUGAGAGCAUCAGCUGUAGCUGCCUGGCAUUUUGUUGCUUUGGCAACUGCAAUAUUAAUCUAUCCAUCCACCUUUGUGUGACAAUGAGAGGCUAACCGCACUGGACUAAAUAUUAGAAUAAGAAAUCCAUGUGAUCUAAGGCUGACUGUAGCAUUCACAUUGGUGCUGGCUAGGGUUGUUUCAGCUUACCAAAUAGAUGACCAAUUUUGUCGCACGUUAUAACCUCCACCACUCACACCUGUAUACUGCACAGUACUUACUUGGCAGUCAUCUGCUACUAAUGACAUGAUAAAGGUAUAAUGCGCGUCGGUGCCAAUGUCACUGACUCGAAUUACACCUUCAUCAUGUUUGCAAACACUACUUUCAGUAGUCCUGCCAUGUAACAUUACAUAGUUGCUUAACUCCCUGAUUUGUGACAAAUUAUCAGCAGUGGAUUUAUUGAAUGCAGCAAAUAUCCAAUUAGUAACCACCUCUAUAUGCGGUCUCGGUGUUUGUGUGUAUGGCCUGGAUUAUGCAAUAUCUCAUCCUGCAUGUAAAGCGAUUUAAUUAAGGACACAUUUUGUUGGUAGUUCAUUCCAGGACUAGUUAUGGUACUGAGCUUCUAGUACACAUUAACAAGACGAUUUAAGUUGUCUGUUCUAAUUUUCACCAUGGACACAGCAUUUCCCUAUUUCAGGUUUACAUUCAGAUUGCUUCACUUUUUUUUACAUUUGAAUGAUGUUAAAUACUUAAAAGUAGUUUGAUCAUUGUUGUGACUUAUUUUUUUCACUUAUCUCUGCAAAAUAAAACUGCAGCAAGACAUUAUACAUUCCACUGCCUUAGAUAUUUCAAGCCAUUUCCAAUAUAUGUUCUUAUAAGAAAUUAUACUAUGGACAAGCAAUCUAAAAGAAAGAUCAGUGCUAAAUGUUGCAGGAUAAAACACAUCUGUUGCGUAUGCAUGUAUUUCUAACAUAGUGUUAAACUUUCUGCUUAGGUGCCCUGACCCCCCUCUGUGGAGUUAAAAGCUUGUUUUACUUCUCUUUUCUCUAAUGUCUUGCCACGACCGGACCCAUCUCCAUCUGGGAUUUUUAAUCUUGACGAUCUCAGCCAAUCCAAUGCAUUCCCGUUGGAAAACAAUAGAAAGCUAUUGCACAUGUGUGGCAAAAAAAUGACACUGCACUAGUCAGCAUUUCCUCUUACAGAUGCUUUGAAUGAAGAUGCUGAAUGCCAGUGCUGCACACACUGAACUAGGAAGCACCUCUAGUGGUCGUAUAAGUCACUGUCACUGCAGGUGUUGGCAGGAAUAGUAUCUUAGCGCCGAAACGUGCGUCGGGCGUUUUCCUCAGGGAUAGUUACACUGUAGAUAGUUUUAUUUUUUUUUAAAAAAAUUUAUGGAUUUUGUUUAGAUCAUACACUGGAAUUUGGGGGAGCACUGGUUAUAGGGAUUUGUUUUUUAGUUUUAAUCAGCUAACUGAUAUUUUUCCUGCCGUCCAUGUAGGUUAGGGAUUCUGAAUAUCACCUAUGCGAUAGGCAGGAUUACGAGGUAUUUAGAGGAGUAGGAGGGAGCCUUUUUAUCCCGAAUGGGACAGAUUUCUGGUAAUACAAGGAAUAUUUGUUGUGAUCCAGAGGAACUAGGAGGUUACUAAUAAUAUUGGGGAUGUUUUACCCAAUUUAGAUACCUUUUGUCUAGUUUAAACUCGAUGUGUCACUACCAUAGAAUAAUUUACACUUUGGGCUUGUAUAUUUGGAUAAAGUGAUCAUUGUAUCUUUUCCAAUACCAUCUCCACAUACGGCCAGUCACUGCAGGCUGUUUGAAUUUUGUGCUUAAAGGAACACUAUGGUCAGGAACACAAAUAUGUAUUCCUGACAAUAUAGUGAAAACCCACCAUUUAGGUGGUUUGCCCCCCGACCCAUGGCUCCCUCAGAAUGAGUUAAAACUCACAUUAUUUUCAGCUCUCCACAGGUCCGCUGGCCCCGUCCCCGUGGUGACAUAAUGAGAGUUGCCGAUUUUGAGCCAAUACAAUUCCCAUGGGGAAAGCAUUGGAUUGGCUAAAAUCAGCAAGUGGCUGGGCCAAAUACCGUUUUGGCCAAUCAGCACCUCCCUCAUAGUGAUGCAUUGAAUCAAUGCAUCUAUAUGAGGAAAAUUCAGCGUCAUCAUGCAGAGCGUAGGGAUGCCGAAUGGCAGAGCUGCCUACUGUGCAGCAAUGAGCCAGGAAGCACCUCCCGUGGCCACUCCCUAGGGGCAAUGUAAACACUGGCUUUUCUCUGAAAAGUCAGUGUUUGCAUGAAAAUGCCUGAAGGCAAUGAUUAUACUCACCAGAACAACUACAUUAAGCUGUAGUUGUUCUGGUGACUAAAGUGUCCCUUUAAUUACAGUUCGCUACUAGGGUUAACAGCAUGUUCUGUGGUCUUUUCACCUGUAUUAGUGUGUUCUAAACUUUAAUGUACUUUAGACCUGCUACUUAUAUUUGAUAUUCUAACUUUGAUUCUAAGGGUAUUUGCAUUACUUUGAUUCCUGUCCCAUAGCAGAUAGGAACCAGAGUUUUUCUUCUUUUUGUGUUACUAUUUUUCAGGGUUAAGCCCUAUUUGGAAAUUUACCGUAUUAGAGACCAACCAUCUUCUGUUGAGUAUAAGUUCAAUUAACUAGGAUUAAAAGAAAAUCCUAUUUAUUUCCCUCAUCAAUUUUUAUCCACCUUGGUUAUAGUUACUGAUUGUAGGUACCAUAAACCCCUAAAGACCAGUUAUAAAUACAAAAGAAGUUCCUUCAGAGCCGGCCAAUAAUAGAUUUUGUUACAAAAUUUUGUAAAUAAAAGUUGUAGUUAUCAACUGCAAUAGUUAACCGUGAAUUUCCAAAACUUAAACCACCAACCCUUCCCUCAUGUCAACAAAAUGCAUUUUAUUUGGGGUAUUUUGCCCUUCAAAAAAAGUUCAUGCAAUUAUUUGUUGCAACUACUAAUUUUCAGCAAAGCAGCGGUAGCAAUUGUUUCUUGUGACCUAAUACUAUUUUUUUUUUUCGUCCACAGCUGCAGUAGCUGCUCGCUGUUAUUCUCAUGCCAAACACGAAUCAGACGAGGAGUUUGAUGCACGCUGGGUGACGUACUUCAACAAGCCAGACAUCGAUGCCUGGGAGCUGAGGAAAGGUGAGUUUACUUUUUGUUUUAAUAAAAUGACAUGUCAUCUCAGAUAUUGAAUGUGAAAUUAUUUUAUGGUUUAAGUCACUAGGACAGAAAAGAGGUAUACAGCCCACGCUCCUCCCGACUCUUCACUUUUAUUUUUCUGACUAGUGAUACACAUCCUAAGUUACAUUAGCUGUGCCGUAGUCCAUAGUCACAAAGUAGUCCGUAAGUUUCUCACAUGUGAAUGAAAUGAGAGAAAAUAUUCCGAGGUACAGAAUUCUGUAGCUGGUAAUAUGCGUUCUCUCCAAGCCCUUUUAAUUUGAGCAGCUAGCUUUCCUAAUUACAGAGCGCUUGUACGUUCUAUAGAACCAUGGAGGUGUCAAUUAGCUGCUCAUCUGGUGUGCCUCACAGCCUCAUCUGCACCUGGUGACAUCCUUAGAUUCAGUCAUUAUUUUUAUAAUUCUUUAACACUAGGUUUUGCUGAAGCAAAUGCAGUCAAAUAAAUUGCUUGUCUAAGUUCUAUUAAUAGAUGCAUUGUACCCUGAAGACCGCUCAUCAGCACACACAAAUGAAGGUUAUUUGUACCUAGAGGAUAAGUAUCACAAAGUCCUAAUUAAUUUUCCUGGAAUUGUCAUACGGCAAUCCUUUGUAUCUACAGGACAGUGACUUAAACAGCAAAUAAAACUAAUUCUGUGCAGACCGUACUUUUUUCUGCAAUGUCAGGUGCUAUGCAGUAUCUUUUAAAGGGGCAAUGCCAACCUUUCUGGAAGCAGAGGGGGGAAAACUAGGCACCAUUACCACUUCAAAUCAUUGAAGUGGUCAUGAUGCCUAGAGUAAUUCUUUGUCAUGAUGACAUGGGAUCUAAUGAGACCGGUCUCCCAUCUCAUUUCCGUCCUCACAGUCAGCUGUUAUAAUUAAAUGUACUUUGCAUGAGUCGUGGUCUUUGACACACAAGUACAUUUUUAUUUAUUAUUUAUUUGUAAUUAUCAUGGCCCUUGGAGUCAAUCUUUGUAUUAAAGCAUAAUGCAGUAAGUAGUAUGAGUCCAUCUAUUUUGCAUCAUGCCAAAUGCAUGUUUUCCAUGUCUUAGCAGCAUUCUCCUCAGGAGUCAUAGCUUAAAAUGGAUCUAGAAAAGAAUUACAAUCACUGUAUAAAGUUAAAGGGACACUAUAGUCAUCAGAACUACAGCUUAAUGUAGUUCUUCUUGUGAGUAUAAUCAUUCCCUUCUGUCUUUUCAUCGGAAAUGCAGUGUUUACGUUGCCCCCCCUAAGGACACAUCCAGUGGCCAUCUGAGGAUUGCGGUUUAAUUUUCCUCAUAGAGAUGCACUGAUUAAAUGCAUCUCUAAGAAGGUGCUGAUUAGCCAAGCCGGCAUUUGGUGCCGCCCCACCCCCUUGAUUUCAUCCAAUCUAAUGCUUUUCCUAUGGGAAAGCAGAAAGCAUUGGAUUGGCUAAAAAUCAUAAAUUCUGAUGUCAGCAAGGAGGCGGAUGAGGGUUGGAUCCGCGUGGCGCUAGAAAUAAGGUGAGUUUUAUUACUCCUUAAGGGGGCAAGCCACCUAAUUUAAACACUAGGGUCAGGAAUACAGAUGUGUUCCUGACCUUCUAGUGUUCCCUUAAGCAGCAACACAAACAUUUUUAGUACCUGCUUAUUUUUCAGCACACAAGCCUUGUGUAAAUUUUUAAAUGCAUUAUUUUCCUUGCUGGUUAUUGAGGUAGAUUAAAUUGCAUAUUUGGGCCACUUCCGUGUUCUCUUUGGUUAAACAACACAGAGUGGUGAAUUCUACCUAUGUAUACUGUAUAUUCUAGUUUUUUACAGUUUUUUUUUUUUUUUUUUACCUUUUAUAUAUCUUUUAUGUUGGCCAAUAGAUUUGCUGCAAAAGAUGGAGUCCGGUGUCUCUUGCCUUUUUUAGAAUACACAAAAUUGAUGUUGUAAUUGGAUGUAAAUAUACUCUUGAAAUGACCCUUUAAAUGACUUUCACUUAAGGUUGUUGUAAGCGCAAACAGAUUUUUUUACACACUAAAUAUUUUAGUGUUUUAUCUUUCCCUUUCUAUAUCAAACAGCCAAAAACACAUAAAAAAUUGCUCAAAUAAAAUGAGGCAUAAAUUUACACAUACAGCACCUAUGUCAUGCUUUAAAGAAAUUCUACAGAAUAUUUUUUUACGUCUGUUUGGUUGAGAACCUUUAAUUUAAACAUACAUCAUAGUACUUAAGUUGAGCUUUUCUCUGAAUCAUACCGUUUUAUUCAAUAAAGUUAGAAUGUAGAGUGAUUUAAAAUGUUAAAAUUUGAACUGAAAGCCUAGUUGACUUUUCCAUUUUUGCUAUUUUGACCUUAAAUUUGAAAUUCACUCCGAAUUCUCACUUUAAUGAGUAGCCGUGAUGGAGUGAUUUGAAAAAAACUUUAAAGUUGCUCUCUUAUGGUAUCUUUGGAUUGUGUUGGAAUUUCAAUAAAAUGCAAUGUUUAUGAAACUCAUGCUGACUGUUUUGGAAUCUUACUGAAAUCCCAACACAAUCCAAAAAUACCAUAAGACAAAGUAGAGACUACUUUGAAGAAUAAUCCUUGCUUUCUCUUGUGAUGGCUGUGGGAUUCAGGCUUUGUUCGCUCAUCAUUAGAUGCCAUCUAGAGGCACCAAAGAUCUUGCUGGAUCCUCCAUGGACCUCAGUGUUGUACUCUUGCACAUGUGUAAGAAUAGAAAACUGAUGGUACUUCUGGCAGAUGAAGCCCCAGGAGCUUCUGCAGGAGCAUAGCAGCUGCAAGGGACCACUUUAGGUAAAUAAACCUACAUUCACUGCACCCCAUCGGACUCUAACUGGAGAUGUCAACUUUGACCUUUAAAAAUGCUAUUUAGGAAUGGUUAUCUACGUACUCUUUUACUUAAACAAUGUUUUCCUUUCUCCUAAGGCGUGAACACCCUAAUUGGUUAUGAUCUGGUUCCAGAACCAAAAAUUAUUGAUGCUGCAUUGCGUGCAUGCAGACGGUUAAAUGACUUUGCAAGCACAGUCCGCAUUCUAGAAGCUGUGAAGGUGAGUGUCUUACAUGUCAAUGUAUGUUCUUUUGGGAGGGGAGGGGAGGGGGUUUGUAUUUUGUAAAUUCUAUUGGGGGGUAUUUUGUAACAAGACUAGAAAGUUUGGUGUGUGUGUGUUAAAGAGAAGGGAACAAAGAUUUUUAUGCAUUGUUGUGUAUAUUUGCUCUAGUGAAUUUGAUAACUCACAAACCUCCUUGGGUUGAUUGCUAGCUUGUACAAAUUCACCACCUCACUUUAACUUGCACAAAACUCAUGUAGCUUAAUAAUUUAACCUCUACAUUACAAAUGUUGUCCUUGAACUCUACAGUACAAGUAAAGUAUCAGACCUAAAAAAAAAGCAUAAAUGUAUUUAUGCCAUCUCCUCUGCCAUUUCUGAAUAAAUGCUUGUGACAGUGCUCCUGUUCUUCGACCGAGUACUUUCGGCCAGUCUGCUUUCUAGUCAUUUGCCCGGACCCAGCAACGCUUCAGCCCCAGUCAGCGAAGCUUGACUGAGGUCUCUCUGGCGCUCUUUCUUUCAAGGCAGAUAUCGUCCAUUUUGCCUAAUUCUCUGCAGCUUCUUUAAAGAAGGUAUGGACCUCUGCCUGCAAUAUGAUAGCUCCUGUCUUUUAUAAAGAGAGACUUGUGGCUCUCAGGCCUUGCUCUAUUUUUGCCCGUGGGUUAAAGGGAGCAUGCAGCCAGCCAACAGGUUCGAAGACUCUUGUUACUGGGAUCCCUAAAAAUCCACACAGGGUACACAGUUCCAAAAGGAACCAACAUACAUAGCUUUAUUUUUACUUGAUACUAGCCCACAUGCUCAUUAUAUUUAGUUUGCUGUAAAAAAUGAAAAUCCACUGCACUCCCUAUCUACUAAAAAGCUACUUUGGUGCUGCUUUUGAAAGUUUUUAUUAAAAACACAAUCUAGGCAAAAAAUAAUGGUGUUUUAGUUACAUUAUAUCAUCAUACAUUGCAUAAGCCUGCCACAACGCCAAUGUACCCCAUCUUUGGCAGGUCCUACUCUGGCUGCUAAAUGAGCUACUCACUUGGGGAAAUCCUUCAAUCUCGAGUUCUCUGCAGUACAAGGCUAAAUGGGUCCUGGGAUGAGGCACCUGUGACAGGGAGGGGUGCAGGACCAAGGAGUUGGCUAGACUCCUAAAUAUAUAUGAAAAAACAGGGGGUUGGUUACACUCACCGUAACAUGCUUAAAUGGGGUGCUGCUGGGGGCCAAUACAUACAGUAAAAAUGAAAUUCCAGCGCACUCCCUAACUACUAAACGGCUACUUUCCCUGCUAUUUUUUGCCUAGAUUAGGUGUUUUUAAUAAAACUUUUAAAAUCAGCAUCAAAGUAGCUGUUUAGUAGAUAGGGAAUGCGCUGGAUUUUAAUUUUAUACUGUAUGUAUUGGCCCCCAGCAGCACCCCAUUUAAGAAUGUUCCAGUGAGUGCAACCAACCCCUUGUUUUUUCAUAGAUUUAGUUUGCUGUGACAACUAUCAGACAACAUGAAGGAACUUAAAAUACCAUAAUGAUGUAUUUAUAAAGGGGUGGGGAAGACCAUAAUUAACACAAAAUAUCUCUCCUGCCUGCAUAAUUGGCAGUAUACAAAUAUACCUGAAUAUGCAAAUUAACAAGCCUUACUAUUCAGGCAGUACAUAUUGCUGUUUCUACAAACAAAGGGCACUAUACAAGGUCUAUAUCCACAUCCAUCUAGUUGGAAGCAAGCAUCAGCAGGACUGGAGAGCACACAAAUAAAAAAUACGCAAAUACAUUAUACGCACACUGCACCUAGAAUUGGCACAUAGUGACGUACUGUAGUAAAGGGUUUGUCUCAAACUCCUGGUGUUCAAGACUACUGUCACAAUUCUGUAAUACUGAAGAUCCAAAUGUAUUAUUCAGUGAUUGAGUGACAGAGGCUUGGGGCUAUGUGCAGAUGCAAAAAUUUUUUUGCUAAAACUGAUCCCCCUUAAAUUGAUUAACCCCUUGAGGACCAAACUUCUAGAAUAAAAGGGAAUCAUGACAUGUCACACAUGUCGUGUCCUUAAGGGGUUAAUGGCCGCAUUCUGGUUUUUCAUGACAGCCACCUUUACAUCAUACCAUACAUAAUACCACAUUUUCCAUCUCUUGCAAGGAGAUCUAUCUAAAUGUUUGAUAGCUGUAGCUUAUGUCACCGUUGCCAUGUUGCAAAAGGUAGUGCACAAUAGUUCUGGCAGGGCAAAAUACAAAUAAGAUUACACACACAAAAUGUAGUUUUCUAUUUGACAGCGAUGUUACAAUGCUACCGCCCACGCCAUGUGUACCAUAUUAAGGGUUAAUAAGUGUGUAUAGGUUUAUAAAAAUUAAAAAAAAUCCCCUUUUCUAUCUCAAAUUUUGCUUUUUAGCUGGAAGCGGCUAGGUGAAUUUUUUUAGUGUAACAUUCAGUUUGAUUUGACAGGGUCAAGUGAGCUUCCACUUUAAUGGUCACUGGGAUGAUACAAAAAACCCUCCAAUUAUUUUAAUGUACAUAGGGAUUUGGGAUUGUGCGCAGGUAAUUUUUAAUGUUUUGCUUAAGAUUAUCUCAAAGAGCCUUAAAGUUUAAAUCUCACAUAGAACUGUAUAUAAAUCAAACAUGUGAAGCAUGACAUAUGGCUGGUGAGGCUUUCAGAAGCCUCUUGUAACUAUUUAUAAUUUAUACGCCUCUUAUAUAAAAUGCUGGGCAACUUAUCUUGAAGACAUUCAAAAAAAAUUUGAAGCAAUGCAGUCUGGUCGAUCACAAAUCAUUGGACCAUGUGGGACUCAUUCUGGACAGUGUGUUCUUGAUGAUUUAUCCUGGAGUCCUCUAAAUUUUCAAACUUGCGUAAAGUUCCAAUUGCAGGUGUCAACAAUGUAUCUGGAUAAUUUGAUUAAAUACAUUUUCUUUGUUCCAAGCUUCUUUAAAUGCUCUUGUUUUGAUGGAAUGAUUGUAACAGAUAGGACAUUCACCUAAAUGUCUGUCCUUGUGUUCUCUUAAUUUCAGGACAAGGCUGGACCUCAUAAGGAAAUCUACCCCUAUGUUAUUCAAGAGCUUAGACCAACUUUAGAUGAGCUUGGUAUCUCCACCCCAGAAGAGUUGGGCUUGGAUAAGGCAUGAGCAUUACAGGUGAGAACAACUAAUAGUUUGCAUUUGCUAAAUUCAGCACACAAAAUAUUGGGCAGUGAAAACGUGAUUUACAUUUUAGUCCUUCUUUGUACUUCAGAAAUGAUAGUGCAAAACCCCUACUUUAGUAGGUUGAUCUGGAUAUUCAGCAUAUAAGAUACAAUAAGGGUAUGCAAAGUAUUGACUUCUCUUAAGGUAUCUGUAAACACACAUCUGCAUCCAAUUAACUGCAUCAGUGUACAAUAUAUUAAAACUCUAUCUUAAAUGGAGACUCAAGGACAAAAUAAAAUCUUUGGCUUAGUUGUGGUGUAUAGAUAAUGUCCCUGCAGUCUCACUGCUUAAUUCUCUGCCGAUUAGGCGUUAAAUCACUUUUUCUUUGUUUAUGCCGCUCUAGCCACACCUCCCCUGCCAACAUGAAAAAAUUGUUCCUUUUCAAUCAGAUCUGACAGCACAGUAUGUUUACUUUUUUUCAUCUUCUGCUAUCUAUUAAUUGAACUCUCCUUUUUCUUUUCCCAACAGGGGAUCCAUCCAAAUAUUUUAUCUUCAAUGCUACUUGAUUGUACACAGCCAUCCAGAAAUGCAAAGACAUUAACGUAUUACCUUAUUUGAAAAAAAGAAAAUGCAACAAUUUGUUCUUUUAUGGAGUCCUAUUGUGUGUAAUAUUAUGUCGGACCUAAUAAAGGGACAUUGUUUAAACUUCAUGUGUGCUGGCUUCUAAAUUCUACAACCCAGCAAGGGUGGUGUGUUUUAAGUAUGGAGUUCUAUUGUAUGCU